AUGCUGUCCAAUCUUGAACUGCUUGAUCUCUCAUCCAACAACUUGGCAGGAAGAAUCCCAGAUCAAUUAGGCGACUGCAUGAAACACCGAUCGUUGAAGCUUAACAACAACAACUUUAGUGGAACCAUUCCUUUGGCCAUUGGUAAUCUGGUGUACCUCCAAGACACCUUUGACAUCAGCCAGAACUCACUAACAGGGGAGAUUCCAUCCCAACUCGGCAAGUUGGUGAUGCUGCAAAGCCUGAAUCUAUCGCAUAAUUCCUUCUCGGGUCAUCUUCCAUCUUCGCUAACGUAUAUGACGAGCUUGUCUACCGUUGAUGUAUCCUACAAUGAACUGGACGGCCCUGUUCCUGAUAGCCCAGCUUUCCGAAGAGCCCCGGCAGAGUGGUUUGCCCAUAACAAUGAUCUGUGUGGAGUUGUCCGAGGAUUGCCUCCGUGUGUUUCGCUCGGUACUCCAACAAAAGAUGACCGAAGCAAGCGCCACAAAGUGGUUGUAAUAGCCAUCAUUGCUUCCGUCGUCUUCUUCCUUCUCUUGAUUAUAUUCAUUGCAGCUGCUUUACGAUUCCACAAGAGAACGAAGCCGCCAGUACCUGUCGAUGAUAAUCACGUCAAAGAAGGUGCAUUCUCUAUAUUGAAUUUUGAUGGAAGAGACGUAUGCAAGGACAUCAUCGAAGCCACCGAAGAUUUCGAUGCCAAAUACUGUAUCGGAAGUGGUGCAUAUAGCAGAGUCUACAGAGCAGAGUUAGCAAGUGGGGAGCUACUAGCGGUGAAGAAGAUUCACCUACCAGACACUGAAGGAACAUUCGACGAGCAACCCUUUCAAAAUGAGAUACAAACUCUUACUCAAAUUCGACAUCGAAAUAUCGUCAAGCUUUACGGGUUCUGCUCCUCUCCUCGACACAAAUUUCUAGUGUACGAGUACAUGGAGAAAGGAAGUCUGGGAUCUGUCCUCAGAAGCGAAUCUGCAGCUGAAUUGGACUGGGGGAUGAGAGUGAACAUCGUGAAAGAUGUUGCUCGUGCUCUGUUCUACAUGCAUCACGAUUGUGUUCCGCCUAUCGUUCAUCGAGAUGUUACCAGCAACAACAUCCUACUUGAUUCCGAAUUCAAGGCUUGUGUUUCCGACUUUGGAAUUGCUCGACUACUGAAUCCGGAUUCAUCAAAUUGGACCAUGCUUACAGGCACACGGGGUUACUUGGCACCAGAGCUUGCAUAUACAAUGAAAGUGACCACCCAAUGCGACGCGUACAGUUUCGGAGUGGUGACGCUGGAGUUGCUGAUAGGAGAAUAUGGAGAAAUACUCGUUUCCAUUCUGUCGUCUUCACCGAUCAAUGAUAGCUUCGUGAAAGACGUAUUGGACCGAC